AUGGCUCUCGUAUAUUUUGAUUGGUUGGACUACUUGGUAUUUGGGGCCAUGUUGCUUCUAUCCGCUUUGAUUGGUGUCUACUUCGCUUUCUUCGCAAGAAAAAAGCAAAAUACGACUGCUGAAUAUUUAAUGGGUGGGAAAACGAUGGGCAUGUUCCCAAUAUCCAUGUCCUUGAUAGCCAGCUAUGUAUCUGGAAUAUCGCUGUUGGGACUACCUGCUGAAAUGUACACAUACGGCACACAACUUUGGACAAUCGUACUGUCAGAGUGGGUGGUAUCAGUAACGAUCUCUAUAAUCUAUCUUCCGGUGUUCUAUAACUUGCAAAUUACAUCUACUUAUGAGUACCUUCGUUUGAGGUUCAAUCAAAACGUUCGUCUUUUAGGAUCAAUAAUAUUUAUUAUAAAAAUGUUAUUGUAUAUACCAAUUGUCAUUUAUGUUCCAGCAUUAGCAUUUAGUCAAGUUACUGGAGUGAAUUUACAUAUGAUUACACCUAUCGUAUGUAUCGUUUGUAUCUUCUAUACUACGCUUGGUGGCCUUAGAGCAGUUGUGUGGACGGAUGCUUUACAAACAAUAUUAAUGUAUUUUGGCGUGGUUUUCGUACUCGUCUAUGGAACUUGGAGGCUUGGAGGAGUAUCAGAGGUGAUCAGAAUUAAUGAAGAAGGAGACCGUCUCGACUUUUUCAUAAUGGACAUGGAUCCCACAAUUCGUCAUACUUUUUGGACUACAGUCUUUGGAAAUUACUUCAGCUGGCUAGCGUCAUGUUCCGUCAACCAAGCAAUGAUACAGCGCUGCCUUGCACUAUCUUCUUUGAAGAGAGCUAGAAUAACGAUAUUUAUAAUGGCAGCAGGAAUAUUCAUCAUUGUAUCGCUGUGUUGUUACACGGGGCUAGUUAUAUAUGCUACAUUCGCCACAUGCGACCCUCUAACCACUGGGUCUAUACGGAAAAGUGAUCAAUUGCUACCAUAUUUUGUCAUGACCAUCACCGGUUCAAUACCAGCACUACCAGGAAUCUUCAUGAGCGGUGUCUUCAGCGCCGCUUUGAGUUCAAUGUCCACGGGACUUAAUUCGUUAUGUGGAGUUAUAUUCGAAGAUUUGAUCAGACCAGCUUACAACAAACCGAUAUCCGAAAGGACUGCCAGCUUCAUCAUGAAAAUAAUAGUGGUUGUUAUUGGUGGAAUUUGCGUUGCGCUUGUUUUUCUGGUUGAACACAUGGGAGCAUUGAUUCAAGCUGGCAAAAGCCUGGCUGGUAUAACUGCUGGGAGUUUGCUUGGUCUAUUCAGUAUGGGAUUAUUUCUGCCAUGGAUCAAUAAUACGGGGGCGCUUGUUGGUGGCAUUUCAUCCACUCUGUUAGUUGGAUGGAUCUCACUGGGCACACAGGCGGCAAUGCUGCGAGGAGAGAUCGUGAUAACCCCGAAGCCUGUUGACGUGUCCGGUUGUGCAACUAACUAUACACUGCCGACUACAUCACCGCCACACACAACUGUAGAAUUUGAUAGGUCGGGGACAUUUUUUCUGUACAGGUUAAGCUACCUCUAUUACACUUUAGUUGGAAUGUUAGUUUGUAUCGCUGUCGGUGCUCUUGUGUCCUACUUUACGCAAUUCAAUGAUCCUGCGAUGGUUCACCGUGACCUCUUAACACCGGUGAUACAUCGGUUUUUGCCGCCCCAAAGUGUACACUGUCGUCGACCCCGUCUAACGCAACACGAUAUUGAGUUACAUGCAAGAGAAAUGGAACAUCUGCGAUCAAGUGCUGCCUUAAUGAAGGAUGAAACGGGAAUCGAAGCCAACCUUAUACCUCGCAGGAACAGCAACAAUAAUUACAUGUAUUAA